AUGUUCAAUCUCUUCAAGCAAACAAAAGUAGCACCACGCGUGGUGGCCGGAGAUGAGGUGGUCGAAUUGCCCUUCUUCGACGAUACUCUGCUCCUGCAGACGUUCGUGCUGCACUCAAUGUUCGUGUUCGACCAAGCGCUUGACGUCUUGAAGCUACAGGAUGCGCUCGAGCGCCUGGGGCAGCGAGCAGGUUGGCGAAAGCUAGCGGCUCGGCUCCGGAGGAACGCCGCUGGUCAGCUCGAAUUCCACAUCCCAACUGAAUUCUCAAGCCAACGACCAGCUAUCGCGCAAACCCAUAUUCAUCAUGAAACGCCGCUGUCACAGCACCCAGUUUCGGCUUUUCUCCCAAAACCAUCUGCGCAGCCCGCCAUUGUCGGCAAUGCCGAGGACCUGCGGCCCCUUUACGAGGGCCUCAACUGUCCAACCAAGCUGGACGACUACCUGUACGAAGACCGGUCAGUUGUCGGCCUACACGUCGUCUCCUUCCAUGAUGCGACAGUUCUCACGCUGAACUGGAUACAUGCUGCCUUCGACGCCACAGCCAAGAAAGCCAUCCUCGAUGCGUGGAAUCUGGUUAUGCUGGGAAGAGAAGAUCAGAUUCCUACCCCCGUAAGUUACAGGGAGGACGCGCUCAAGGACCUUGGAACGAACCCCCUAUCGCCACAUGCGCUGGCGGACCGAAAGACUUCCACGCUGGGAAUGAUCCGCUGGGCGCUAAGCAAUGUCACGGACUUAUUCUUUCGCAGCCAGGAAACACGCAUUAUUUGUGUACCUGCUGGAUUCGUCGAGAACCUGCACGCGGUAGCAAUGAAGGAACUGGUUUCUUUUCCGCCCGGACCUGGUGAGGAGAGGCCAUUCGUGUCCGAAGGGGACAUUCUGACGGCGUGGGUGGCACGUUUGGCAGUGUCGCAUUUAUCCCAGUAUCCAGACCGAACAGUCGCCAUUCAAAACGCCUUCUCGGCCAGAAAGGUCCUGCGACAGUAUCUUCCCGCUGACCAGCCGUACAUCGCCAACUGUGCCUUCUUCUUCAACGUCCUUGUCCCGGUCAAAGACGUCCUCGGGCGACCGCUGAGUUAUACGGCAUGGCAAAUCCGACGCGCCAUUAAGCAGCAAACUACGGCCGAGCAGACGGAAGCAUACUGCGCGCUGCUACGUUCGUCCGGUCAAAGCAAGCUGCCUCCCUUCUUUGGUGAUAGUUCCAUGCACAUGCUGAGCUUCUCCAACUGGACCAAGAUUGACUUCUUCGGGUUGGACUUUUCGGCUGCCGCUUUAAAGGGUGCUGGUCCGGUGAGGCCGAAGUAUAUCCAGAAUGUCCAGACGCCUUACAAGUUCACCGAGAUGUUCCCUAUUGUUGGGAAGGAUGAACAGGGAAAUUACUGGCUUAGCGGAACAAGGACAACGCAGAAUUGGGAUAUCAUUGAGCAAGCGCUGAGAGAGGAGAGUCCUAUGACUGGGAGUACCUAGCAUCCACCUUAGAAAAUGCGUACCUCACCAGGCCUGUGUAUGCAUCAACCUCCAAUCCAUUGCAGUCCAGAAUUGAUCUAUAUCAAUGUCCAUGCCAGGCGGUCCAGCGACGUCGGGGAAGCUGCUGGGACCUAGAUCUGGACCGGGGAAGGCUUGUCCGUCGGCACUGUGACCGGUGAAGUUCAUCUGUGCGGGUAUCGCCUCCGAAUGGGCACUGAUCGCGAUGCUGCUGUGAGACGGUUCUCCGGUGCUGCAGCUCGGUACCAUGGAGGAGCCCGAACUCGUCUGCCCUACUUUGCUGCGAAUAUCCAACACAAUCUGGGGUGCCUCCACGGGCAUGCCCCGUUGCCGAAGGAAUAUCUCCCGCGCUCCCCAAGCCUGGAGAACCACCCUUGCAAAGACGGUGAAGACACCCUGCCCGCUGGGCUUGGGGUGCAUGGCGCGCGCUUCGUAAUU